CGUUCACGCAUUGGAAUGCUUCACACGAGAAGUGGUGCAUCACAGUUUACUCAGCUUUUAAGUUGUAUGGUGGACUCACAAGACCGUGAUGUGAUACUUGGAAGCUGUGACACAAGUCUGGAGUGUGACUGGCAACUCUGUAGCGGUGACCGAGAUGAUGUUUUGUUUGAUGAUAAAAUCGUGGAGGAUCACCCUCAGAAAGAUUUAAAGAGGAAAUCUGGUGUUGAUCUCCUGGACAUUGUAAGUGUACAGUAUUUUGACGGCUCGUGGACACUGACUGACGUGGCUGAUCUCUCUGGUGUAACUCUUGCCCAGCUCAAGGACAAGAAUCCUUCUCAGAAUGAGAGUGCCUGGGCCACUGCUGUAGCACUGGCAUUGUUGGAGAGCAAGUUUAACUCAGUACGUGAUGAGUGGAGUCUCUUGGCCAACAAAGCUCGACUCUUUAUAUCCAACUCUGGUGAAGAUGUGGAGGCUCUGUUCAAGGCUGCUCAGUUGUUCUUGGCAACACAACACCAGGAGUAGUCAUAUCUCAGGGUCUUUUUUUUUAAAAGAGGUUUUUAUUUUAACUGCAUAACUCACUUUUAAGGACAGAUUUUUUUUCUUUCAAAUAAUUUUCCACUUUGUGAAUAUAUUAAUAAUUUGUUAUUGGGGUUUCUUACCAAAGGUCCCCACCAGCAUUUAGUAAUGAUGGAUAUUAGUUAUUCUUGCCAAAUAAAUUAAUAUACUUUUGUUGUGAAACAGUGGCAGAUACAGGUUAUAAAGGGUCAAUAUUGAUAACAAUAUCAAUUUAAAGAUGUUCAGUUGGUGGGGAGUUUUGCUCUUAAUGGAGUAGCAAACCACAAAUUAAUAAAAAUUAUAACUUACCAUCACAAGAUUUUCCUUUCGUUUAAAGGAGCUUUGUGUGGGAGUUGUAAUAAAGAGUUUUGCUACUCCAGGUUGGAGAGAGUAAAGCUGCAUGUGCAACCUGAAAGUUCACUCUUAUUUUGUUGAAAGUUGUAUGGUUAAUUUUCCAGCUUUAUAUUGCCUAUGGCAUUAUCUAUGGUUGCCUCUGAGCUUACUUUUUAUUGAUUUACAUGAUUAGUUUGUUGUUUUUCCUCUCAGUAUUGAUAUUCCUAAACUAAUCUAUAAUGCUAAUAGGUUGUGGAUAUUUAUAUGUUAAUAAAAUUGUUUGUUUUUCAAUGUAAUAUUUUUUUUAUCUCGCGUGUUUUCGUUACUUUUCUACAUCCCGGCUAAAAUCACUGAUUUAGUAGUUUGUACCCAUCCCCCCUCCUGUACUAGUCUGUUAAUGAAAGAGUCCACUGUAUUUAUGUAUACUGUAUUUAUAUUUUGGCCAGUACAAGUUAUUGAGGAUUUAGCCACUGUGGUUGGUAUUUCCAAUAUCCUGGAAUCCUAUAAUACAUCUUGCUUGGCAGGGAGAGAUUGUUGGCUUAGGUUUUUUCAGCCAGUAACAAUACAACACUGUAUCCCUAUAUAAUCUUGGGUUUCUGAAGUCUAAACUACUGAUACCAUCAUUAAUAUGGUUAUUGUGACAAUAUUUAUGUUUAGGUCCUCCAAUAAAUGUCAUGGUCUCACCACCUAACUGCAGUCUUUUAAAAGAAUAUUUCUCGUACCAUGCCCAUAAGUCUGAUUUUUCCCUCAACCCUUGAGAUCUUUUUUUUUUUUUAUUAUUAUUAUUUUUACCUAUGCUUUUAUGUUCAUCCAUUAUUUUGUUGGUCAGUACAUUGACAUUAAGAGUGUAUUGACAUUGAUUUUUUGUGACUGAUUUUUAUUUUUAUGGACCAUGGCAUUUUUUUUUUUUUUUUUGCCACUAUUGGCUUUUGUGUCACCACUGCAUUUGUAGCCCCAUUUUCUAUCUGUGCCUCACUUGCUUAUUGCCUUUAUUUCUCUCUCCAUUGCCUCUAUUUUCCCAUUGCCUCUGUGUCCUACCUUUGCUUUUUAUUCUGAUGUUAUUUGCUGAUGUGUAGCACUACAUAAAGCAGCAUAAUUCAUAUACAGCUGUUGUAUAAUCUUCCUGUCUUUUUAGUUUUGAGAUACAGAAUGAGAAUGUAUAAGAUUUAUUUCAAAGUAGCAAGUUUUAGUUAUACUCAGGAUGGCAUGAGGUUCUCUACAUCUCACUGUGUGAAAGACUAGUCUAAUAAUUUAGUGUUCUUUCUCAACCUGUUAUCAUAGGACACACUUCCACUAAUCCAAGAUGGUGAACAUUACUUUCUCUUUUAAAUUACUUGUGUACUGUGAACCCCUUCACUUGAUUCUCUCCAUAUUGUUUGUCUAGGGCUCCAUACAUCUCUUACUUGUGAUCAACUUACAUCAAGCCUUCUGUAUCAUAUGUAGCAUGUAAUCUAUAUAAGAAUCCUGGGAAGUAUUAUAUGCAUGAUUUUUCCCCAGAAAUGAUUAUCUACCUUAUUUGUAAAGUUCCUAUAUUAUGAUUUUAUUAAAGUAUUCAGAAUUUAUCAAGGGUGUUGUCAGUGCAACACCUAGGUAUCUAUUAAAUGAUAAUAUUUUGCCAACCAGUGACUUUUUCAGUUGAAUGUAGAGAUAUAUGAUGAAGUAGAUGAUGAGAAAAAUCAGUCCCUCAGCCUGGAAGUUGAUGUUCAUUACCAUAGUCUUGAUGACUGUUCAGUACUAGGACAAUGAACUCCAGCUUCCAGGCUGAUGGACUGAUUACCCAUCUUCUACUGUAAUCUCCUAAUAAAGAUACCCAGGUGCUGCACAUGUGUGUUACUAUUCUUUAUUUUGAUUAUUGUGUAUCAUUAUUGCAGUCUAUAAGUCUAAAGGUUGUAUGUAUACAUAUAGAAUAUAUUAUUGAUUGUCA